UAAUUUGAAGAGGGUGCAGGGCUGCUGGCUGGUGGGGUGGCGGCAGGGAGGGGAAGGCCAGGGUUUGCUCAGGAGACAGGACUGACCUGCUGUCAUAGUGGAGCUCAGGUCAGACUUUGGACAAAUUGCAUUUGGAGAAGUCAAACAGGCUCGUCAGAGCAACUACUGAAAGGAUUGUGGAAAAUCUAUGAAGUCAAAUUCAGCAUUUUUUUUUCCUAAUUGAAGAGAAAAAGAGAACUUUUUUAAAAAAAAAUUAUAAUUGAAAAAGGUAGGAUUUGAGAGAUUGCUGACUUCAGGAAGCUGAUGUGGUAAGUUACUUUAAUGGUUUUUUGAGUAUUAUAUAAGCCCUGCCCCCCUUUAUGUCUUGAAAUAAGUGGUUUCUGGCCUGUGACUUGAUACAGUUCAAAGUUUCAGAGUCUAUUUUAGGCUUGUUGACAGCUCAGGUUUCAGUCCCCAGCAACACUAAAUGUACUGAUUAGAUCUGAAAUGUGGCUGAACCUUCCCGCAAGGUGUCCCUCUCAUCUCAGAGGGCCGGAGGCAAACUUGACUAUCUGCCUGCGUUUCUCUGACCGUCACACGUGACUUACUAUCCUGAGCUCAGGUUCAUUUUUCUUUCCUUUUUUACUUUUUUUCUGGGGGGUGGGGAGCACGGGGGUCUUAUAGGCAACAGGGAAGAAAACUGCACAUGAAGUUCAAUGUGAAAUUCAGAGGGAUUAAGACUUUUUCCAGUAAGAGAAACCAUUACCUUGACCAAAUGCUGUAGUAAUAUUACUACCUAAAGCACUAGGAUAUUGAAAAUUGGGAAAACAGAAAAAAUAAAGUAAAAACACCUGAAAUAUAAGUAAUUUAAUAACAGGUGUAGAUGUGAUGUUGAAGGUAUUUCUAUUAAAAAUUUAAAUAAUACUCUUAUUAAAUUACUUGCUAUAAAGAUAGUUAUAAAGCAUCUAGAAGAAUAGCUACAAAUGACAAGAGUAGAUAACUGGUCUCUUCUUGGUUGAUGUUAAUUUAUUUGUUAAAAAUAUACAUUUGUGUCUGUCUGAGAUGUGAGACUGCUUGGGAUAUAGGGGUAUAGAGAACAAGCGCGUGUGCACACACACACACGUGUGCACACACACACGAGCUCUCUAGCCACUGGGUUAAGCACGUGAUUUGACGGAGGCGGCAAAAUGGUCUGUUUCCUUAAUUCACGGGCACAUAUAGUUUCUUAAAUCUUCAUGCAGAAACUUAAGCAACUGAAAAUUUGGGCUGGGGGUGAAAAAACAGACCUGAACUGGAAAUCCUGCUUCUUUCUGAAGUUGAGACAUGACGAGUGUUUGCAAAUCGACGGCGAAGGCAAAAUUUCGACUGAAUUUGGCUGGCUCUGCUUGUUAUUUCCCUUCUAUCCUUGAAGGACUUCAGAAGUGAAAUCUAAUCCUAAGUAAAUAAUAGAUGAUUAAGGACUCCUUUUUAUGUGUAUAUAAAAUGCCAGAUGUUUAAAAGGGCUAAUAUUCCCUCAAUAAGAAAAUAUUAUGUUCUUUUGUAAAAGGUCAGUUAGGUUCUCUUCCUGGAACAUUUCAUGACUGUUCUGCCUCUCUGGACAGCACUAUCGAUAAUGCUUUUCAGAUUAUGAAUAAAUAUUUUGUGUUCUGAGUAUUUAUUCAUGUUAACAUUUACUUUGUAAAAUAUGUUUCCCGCAGGAAUAUAAAUAGUCGCUGGAAAGAACACUGACAGCUUCAGAGCAAAAUGAAGUUCCUUCUGCUGCUCUCAGCCCUUGGGCUCUGCUGGGCCCAGUGGGACCCCAACACCAGGCCGGGGCGCACGGUCAUCGUGCACCUGUUUGAGUGGCGCUGGGCCGACAUCGCUCUCGAGUGCGAGCGAUACUUGGCUCCCAGAGGAUUCGGAGGGGUCCAGAUCUCUCCACCCAACGAAAACGUUAUAAUUAAUGACCCUUUAAGACCUUGGUGGGAAAGAUACCAACCGAUUAGCUACAAGUUAUGUACAAGAUCAGGAAAUGAAGAUGAAUUCAGAGACAUGGUGAAGAGAUGCAACGACGUGGGCGUUCACAUCUACGUGGACGCCGUCAUCAACCACAUGUGUGGGAACGGCGUGAGCGCGGGAACCAGGAGCACCUGCGGGAGCUUCUUCAACCCGGGAGCCAGGGACUUUCCCUCCGUCCCCUACUCCGCUUGGGACUUUAACGACCAUAAAUGCAGAACUGCCAGUGGCGACAUUGAGAACUACAACGAUGCUUAUCAGGUCCGAGACUGUCGCCUGGUCGGGCUGCUUGACCUGGCCCUAGAGAAGGACUACGUGCGGUCCACGGUGGCCGAGUACAUGAACCGCCUCAUCGACAUCGGCGUGGCAGGCUUCCGAAUCGACGCUGCCAAGCACAUGUGGCCCGGAGACAUGAAGGCCGUCCUGGAUAAGCUGCGCCAUCUGAAUACAACCUGGUUCCCAGCAGAAACGAAGCCUUUCAUUUACCAGGAGGUAAUUGAUCUGGGCGGUGAGUCCAUUAAAAGCAGUGAAUACUUUGACAACGGCUUUGUGACGGAGUUCAAGUACGGAGCAAAGCUGGGCACAGUGCUGCGCAAGUGGAGCGGAGAGAGGAUGGCCUACCUCAAGAACUGGGGAGAAGGCUGGGGCUUCAUGCCUUCCAACAGAGCGCUCGUCUUUGUGGACAACCAUGACAACCAGCGGGGCCACGGCGCGGGGGGCGCGUCCAUCCUCACGUUCUGGGACUCGAGACUCUACAAAAUGGGAGUAGCAUUUAUGCUCGCCCAUCCUUACGGGUUCACGCGCGUCAUGUCAAGCUUCCAUUGGCCAAGGUAUUUUGUGAAUGGAAAAGAUAUUAACGACUGGAUGGGGCCACCGAACGAUGAUGGGGUGAUUAAAGAGGUCACCAUCAACCCGGACACCACCUGUGGCAACGGCUGGGUCUGUGAGCACCGGUGGCGCCAGAUAAGGAACAUGGUCACGUUCCGCAACGUGGCGGACGGCCAGCCCUUCGCCAACUGGUGGGAUAACGGCAGCAACCAGGUCGCCUUCGGGAGAGGGAACAAGGGCUUCAUCGUCUUCAACAAUGACGAGUGGCCAUUAAGUGCAUAUUUGCAAACUGGUCUUCCUGCUGGCACAUACUGCGAUGUGAUUUCCGGAGAUAAAAUUGAUAACAAAUGUACAGGAAUGAAGAUCUACGUCUCUGCUGAUGGCAAUGCUCACUUUUCUAUCAGCAACUCUGCCGAAGAUCCGUUUAUCGCUAUUCAUGAGGAGUCUAAAUUAGAAAACUUGCAUUAAAUGCAUAUGUUCCCAGAGAAAUGACCAAGUGUAUUUCUUUCUUUGGACAUAUAUACAUUCUUGUAAUUCAUUAAUUUUUGUAAAAGCUAUAAUAAAUAAUCAACUUGAAAAUCUCAGAAAAGCGUAAAAACUCACAUAAUUAUA